UAGCGUAUUUUGAUUGGAUUACUGAUGUUAGCUAUUGCGACACUGAUACCAUUGCGCAUGUCACUUGGCACUUAAGUAAGUUAGGCCGAGUAGGGCUACGUAAAUAUUUUUUCUGCAGGUGUGGGACAAAACCAAGCCCUAUUUCAAUAAUCCGGAGAUCACAAUGUCAAAAUAUCAAAAAAUCCUUGAAACCUGUGCUGUGAUUGUCUGCAUUUUUUUGCUAAUUUUGCAAGCGACUUUGCUAAAUGUAUUUUGCAUUGAAUUAUGCAGUGACAUAUAUUAUAAUGAAACAUCUAAUGAAACCACAUGGAUACCAGAUCCUCUACAAGGAAAACUAUGGUUUAUAGGAGAUAGUGUCAUCGCUAUUGUCUGGUGCUUUGGGUUCUACAAAGCUUUUGGUUAUUUCAAAACUGAAGUUCCCCACAGUAAAAGAGAUGAGACAGAUGGUAUUAGAGUGGAUUGGAAGAAAGCUGUAGGAUUGGCCUUGAAGGAGUUGCCAUUUGCUUACGUUUCCUGGCUAUUGUAUGCAUCCGUCAUGAGUAUGAAGAUUGUGAUCAUGUUUGAGAAGUUUGCGGAAAAAAUUCAGGAGACUACUGGUUUCUAUUCCACAACUUCCUUGAAAAUUAGCUUUUCUAUAUCUGGACCAAUUUUUGUGUGCCUUGUUUAUGGGCAUCACAGGGAGCGCAACAAUGAUUACAAACUCCUGAUUGACAAACUUGGACUCCGCUCGGCAUUUGGGAUUCUGGACAGUUUGAUUUUAUUGAAUAACUUAUUUGUCAUUCAAACAAGAAUUGUCCUUUCAUACCCAUUGGAUAGAACUAUCAAGGCAUUUACAUGCAUCAACUAUUUAUUGCCAGUAAUCUCAUUGCUACUGCUAAGAGUUUUGACUCAACAGAAGUACAAGAAGUUUAAGAAUGUCAAUUUUGUUGUGAUUGUCUCAAGCAUCCAGACGUUCCUUGUUGACGUUCCACUCUUUGCCAUCCGUUUGUACCUUUGGUUUCACCAUGACGUGGAUGUUUCUAUCUUCAUAACCAAAAACCUGAUGUCAUUUGUGAACGCGGGUAUCGAAACAGUAGGUGUGAUUACUUCAUUGUCUGGGACAAGAGAGGAUGAAGAUGAGUGUGAAAUGGAAGCUCUCGAUACAUCAACCACAGUGACUGGGAAAGCAGUUCCUCUAAGUGAAACACCGACUCUCCCUAUAUAGUACAGUAGCUAAGCACUACAUGGUCAUAGGCUUGAGGGGUGGGGGUACUGAUAUACCCCUCUCCCCAUGGCAGCAAAUUUGUUUCAUUAAGUGAGUUAAAACACUAAAAAUGACAAUUAAGUUUCCAUUGAAAUAUGGAUUUAGUUCCGCAGUGUGGACAUUCUCGAUUUUCACACCCCUGAUCCGCAAUCCCAAUUUUUGCACAUUCCCACCUCCUACCUGUGUUAUGAAAGCAGCUUAUAGUGUAAGUCCCUGUACUAUAGAGCAAAAUUAUUGGAUAAUUGUCAAAUGAUUUCUCUGAAUAUUGUCACCAUGCAAUCCACUACUGCAGAACCACAGCCUAUUAACAUAGAGUAUUUUUUGUAGGAUUUAUUUAUAUUUAGUAUUGAAUGAGGCUUAUUAAACAUGGGUAGUAGUAGCUGAAUUGGUGCAAGGACUUUUUUUAUCGGUUCUCAAUACAAUUGAAUAAUAGGUGUAAAUUCAAGUGAAUAAAAUAUAGUUAUUAAGACACUUAAUAGUUUAAAAUUUUGACUGUAGUGUUACUUUAAAUAUUUAGGUGUAUUUAUUUAUUUUCAAAGUAUUAUGUUUGCCCAGUAUAGAAUGUGGUACUGAUAUUGACUUAAACUUAGCAUUGCACACAGUGUUCUCUCUACAGUAGGCCCUUGAAGCGUCAUGGUACCGCGACGCUUGGGACCUCGUAAUGGUGCACUGCGACGCUCCCAAACUGGAUGGACGAAUGAUGCGUCUUCCGUGACGCUUUAAAAUAUCGUCAAUAAAAUAAUUCAAAAUAAACAAUGCUGUCCAUGUAUCCUAGUUUGAAGAAGAGUGAGUGUGAAAAUAUUUUUAAACACAAAACAAUGCUAUCUUACGAUGUUGGUUUAUCAGCCCAAGUUCAUGCUUUUUGCGUUCAUUUUGCGUUAUCUUUACCUUGAGAAAUGUCACUUUCAUUUCAAAACACGAUCGUUGGCUUGAUUCACACAAACUGUUUGCUUCAAAACUGCCCAUGCAUGUCCAUGUGCAUGCCCAUGUCCUCUCACCACAUGUACUUCUCUUGACAGCGAAGUCACAACGCGAUCGUGUUUGUGUUUAAACAAUUAGGCCUAGGCGAUAGGCCCUAUGUUGAAUUUAGUUGUUUUUUUUUAUAAUAAACAAUGUUUUUAAUAUGAUAAUACUACUUUACAAUGAAGACAAGUAAGUUUAGAUAAGUGUUAGUCAAUCUAGGCAGCCUACGUGGCUGAUGUUUUAUUUAGCUAUCUAGCUAGGCCUAGCAGUUUGAAGCUAAAAUUUAGGCCUAGGCCUCUAGGUCGGUCCAAAAUUGCCAUCCUGUGGCAAUUCUGGCUAGGCUAUAAUAGCAGAACAGUAUACUGUAUGGUCACUAAUUUCA